ACGCGACAGCCUCUUCCAACAUGAAUGCUGAACUACAACAAGUUCAGAAAGUGUGGGAGCGUAUCCGCACCAGCAGCCCAAUUUAUGCUUUUCUACUUCAGGACAUUGACAUCUAUGAUGCUGGGAAAGGUGUAUUCAAUGCGAGACUCCAAGUCGGUCCUCAACAUUUGAAUUCAAAGGGUACCUUACAUGGCGUAUUUUCAGCCUGUGUCACUGACUGGGCGGGUGGGUUAGCGAUUGCAUCGGCCGGUCUCGAUUCAACAGGUGUCAGCACGAAUAUUCAUGUCAACUAUCUCUCAACAGCGAAAACUGGAGACUGGCUAGUAAUUGAAGGCCGCGCCGACAAAGUCGGCCGAAACCUUGCUUUUACAACUGUGACAAUCUCGAAGCAGACUGACUCUAAUGGGAGUACAGUUGUUGCACAAGGAUCUCAUACCAAAUAUAUCAAGACACAAUGACGGUUUCAGACAGGCUUGUGAAUGAGUUGUGAUCGGGCUAGCAGGGAGAAAAACACGGUGGUGUCUGCACACUUCCAUAUAAACCGCAGUCUUCUUUACAUCUGGCAUGAAACGCAUAUACUUUGAAUGCUGGAUUCACUCGGAUUGCGCAUAGCAAUGUCCAUCCUUAUUUGCUUUAGAUACCUUGUCUUUUACUGGUAAUGCAAGGUAAUUUUGGAUGGGUACACAGCACUAUAUAAUUAAAUAUAAUUUUCACGGUUC